CGGCUGGUAACCGCCCUUAGGGCCGGGCGGAAGGAAGCUCAGCGUCUGCGAACAACGCGUCACGCGGGUCACGUGAUUCGUGCGUCCGUCCGCCAUAUGUCGCGCGCGGUUUUCGCCGGAGCGGACCUGUGCACGCGUCGCGUCGUCCGGGUUCGACAACGGACGUUUUUCCGUUUGUGUCAUUUACAUGUCACGCGCGGUUUUUCGCGAGGCGACGCCGCGCGUCGUCGCCGGAACUCGGAAGCAGCCGUCGAAGGGAGACAAUGGCAUCCAAGGGGACGCCGGACAACACGCAAGGGUUGGUCGUGGCGCUACCGAGAACGCGAUUUCGUGCUCUGAUAAGCCUCGAAGCGGGAUGUCCGUGGGUUCGGGCGGCCGGGCGCCGUUUAAACGGACCGCACAAAAUAUACAGCCGCCCGCAAAGAAGUCCAGUAGAAGCCAGGCAAAGCCGGCUGAGCCUGCGGCACCAGCAUCCAGAGCAGCGCCGAGCGCGGUGCGGAAAAGGGACCCGAUCGCGUCGCUCUUCAGCACGCGGAGACCGGCGAGAAGAGUCGUCCAAGGAGGCAAGGCGACGAAGCCGGGGGACCAGCAGCUAAAAGGACAGCCCAGCCAGCAGCAAUCGGCGCAGCAACAGCAACAGCAGCAAUCGGCGUCGCUGUGCCAGGCGCCGAGCGCCUCCUCGUUGGAGGCAAAGAGCGACGUUUCACCGACUGGAAACAGCUGGGCCGGCUCCCUGGGCAAGGAGCCGGCCAGGUCCAAGGCAACGACAGCGUCAAAGGGCCCUGCCAAGGCCUCCAGGAUGCAGGAGUUGGAGCGCGAGGUCGAGGCUCUGCGUAAGGAUCGCGCGCGUCUCGAAGCGAAUCUGCGUGACGCGGUUUCUGAUGGUCAGAAGCUGCGUGAACUGCGUGUCGAGUUGACUACUCUCAAGGAGCAGCAUAGUCUGGAGCUAGAACGUCUUACUGAAGAGAACGAGGCUCUUCGUGUUCGUCUCAGGGACGUGGCACACUCUCCACUGUCAGAUUCAGAGAAACAGCAACUGUUGCUAGAUGCCUCGAGACUCCACAACUCCGCACCAGCCUCUAUCGCCAUUCCCCAGGACGAUGGAUCUGCACACAACACCAGUACACCUCAGGAAGGAGCUCAGUGCACCACGCCGGACUGGGACAAGCACUCCUCCAGCUCAAUGUCUGAGGUUUCGGUUGCGUGCUUGCAGGAUAGGAUCUUACAAAUGGAGGAAACGCAUUAUUCCACAAACGAAGAAUUGCAGGCAACUAUUCAGGAAUUAAGUGACUUGCAGGCACAACUGACAGAAUUGCAAGCAGAUAAUGAAAGGCUAACCGAGGAGAAAGGAGUUCUUUUGGAAUCACUGUGCCGUCAGACAGAGAAGCUAGAAGACUCUCGUUCCAAGGUUGACACCUUACAGGGAUUACUUUUAAGAGAGGAACAACCACAGGAAGCAUCUAAGGGUUAUAAUACAGAAAGGGAACAGAAACUUGUAGACCUCCUGAAAAGUGCGCAAGAAGAACGAGAGACUUUACUUCAAAAGCAGGAAGAGUUGACCAGUGAACUGAAGAAUCUAAGAGCAACUGCUGAUGCUAGUGCGGCAGAGACUGAGCGUCUAACGAAAUGUGUCGAGUUACUGGAAGCGUCAGUGGACGCGGCGAAUGUCGAACGAAAACAGUUGGACAUGGAAUUGGCGGAAGCCAGGCAGGAAGGCGCAAAUCGGAGUAUAGAAAUCAGUAGAUUAGCGACCCUGUUGGAGAACGCGCGAGCUAAAAUCGAGGAGUUGGAGCAAUCAAGGCAGCUGGAGAAUAAGAGCGAAGCGGACGAAUUAUUAGACGCGGCGAGAAGGGAGAAAGACACACUCGAAACGCAGGCAGCAGCAUUGCAGGAACAGUUGGCACGCUCACAUUGCGACCACGAUCGACUGAGAGAUCAAUAUUCGCAGCUUCAGGAAGAAUAUAAAGUGGCUCGGAAUAACGCGAAAUCCGCCAUAGACGAUUUGGAGUAUAGAUUGAAUCAGUUAAAGGAUGAGCGGCUGUCUGUGAGCACGGAACUGCAGCUCGUCCGAGACUCUCUGGCGGAAUUGCAGACGCAGUGUCAACGGCACCUAGAGGAUAAACGGGAAUUGAAAGCCGCGCUGAGCGAAGCACAACGCAGGGAGCGCGAGGCGCAAACGCGUCAGUAUGAGUCGGAGCGCGCGUUAGCUGACGAGCGUAAGCUGAGACAGGAGGAGAGCGCGGAGUGGGAGCAGUUCCAGACAGAUUUGCUGAUGACUGUGCGAGUUGCCAACGACUUCAAGACCGAAGCUCAGAGCGAGUUGGAACGCGUGGUCAUGGAAAAUAAGGCACAGAGAGAUAAACUGAGAGCGCUGGAGGCACAACUUGAUAAACUUAACAAAGAUAGCACUAUAGCGAGUUGCAAAACACUCGAUGUCACUAACGGGAAUAAAGAAAAAAUAGCGAGUGUUUUGCUAAAGCGUGGUCGGAUGAUUCUAAAGAAGCGGUACGAUGCGAGAAAGCACGUGUUACGAAAUAGCUUAUUCAAAGCAACGAUGAGCGAUUGGGACUUACAUAAAGCGAGGCUUGAAGACAUCAAUACUGCGAAUCAAAACGGACACAAUUUAUCGAAUAAUAACCUGGCUAUCACAAUGGGCGCGCCAGCACUCAAGGAAACUAUCAAAUUGGAGGACAAAUUAAUUUCCGGCGAGAAGAUUGAAUUCAGUUCUACGAAUCGCAUCGACAGCCAGCAUACUAAAUGCACUACGGAUGGAGCAGUCGAGCGUUUAGCGAAUAAAAAUUCGAGACAAUUAAAAGUCUCGAACAACGAAUCGUCAAAGUUCUAUUUAAACGAAUCUGAUAAGACUCAUAAUUCAUCUGAUAAAUUUCCAAUUAUCGCGGAAGAUUAUCCGAAACUGUACAUUACCGUUGCGGACACAUCCGAUAAAAACACGGUGGCCAAGAGUUCCUUAUUGAAAAACAUUCGUAGUAUUCAAAACGCUAAUGGAGGUUUGUACGGCAUUAAUAUUUCCAACAGUCGAUUCUUCGUACCAAAAGAUUAUAUAUUCUCUGGCGUGGAGAGCGCGAUGAAUGACCUGAAGUUCGAGGUCGAUCCGGAAAUGGGAAGGCUGUUGCAGAGAAGUUACAGCAAUCCGCAAGUCAGCACGAGUUUGCCUUCUCUAGUCAAUAUUGAAGCGAGUCCGUCAUCUCUAGAUAAUACAAUAGCAACAGCAGAGACUUCGAUCAAGACGAACAACUCAACAAAACUACAUGUAGAUCCAAGCCUUAGGAAUAUAAAGUCACUUUCAGACUCCGUGUGUGUAAUGUCAAAAGGAAGCGAUAAGAUUGAGCAAAGGCAAAAGCUGUUUUUUAAAAGACCUGAAUUAAAACCAAGCGAAAUAAUUGACUCUAUCUUGAGUGAAACAACUUCGAAAUCAAAAACGCUCGCAGAAUCACAAAUUAGAAAUUAUGCUGAAUCGUCAGAUAAACUUGACAAUCGUCAUAGAAUACACGAAAACGAAGAAAAAUCACAAGGAAUGAAGUAUGAGGAUCAUGAAUCUUUAUUAUCAAAAGGGUCUUGUGUAAAAAAUGAAACAACAGAAGGAGAAACAUGCAAUAAUAAUGACCAAACUGCGACAAAAUCUAUGUCUCUUGAUGCUACGUCAGAGGAUAAAAAAAUUCUUGACACGCUUGAAGAGUCAAAAAUACCAAACUCAUCUGAUAAAAAUAUCGAAAUAAAAUUAAGGAAGAAUACAAAUAAUGAAUGGGAGAAAAUAAAGAGUUCUCAUGAUAUAUUAAGCGCUCCUUUAAUGAGAUGGAAAUCAUAUCCGUUGUUAACGCCCUCAGAAAUCGAGUAUAAAUCUAGAUAUCAUUCAUCGAUUCCAGUUAUUUCAUCAGGCACGUCAAUUUUGAAUAAUCUUUCAGAGAAAGAAACAGAGAUUUCGGAAUUGAUCUCAAAAUAUUCCAUUAACCAAGAAAAACAAGCCAUAUCUUCGGCAUGUACUGAACAGUUACAAGAAUCAAAUCUAAGUGAAAUAAAUCGAUUAAAUCGUAUAAAAUUCCUGCAAAGUAGUAUACAUGCAAACGAGGACGAUUCUCAGAUCGAGAAAACGAUUUUUUCCGAAAGUAAUCUUCGCACGAAGAGCGAGAAACCUAAGGUGUCACAAAGUAAUGCGAACUUGGGGUCGGAUCAACCCCCAUCGAUGGGACGGACGUCAUCCUUAAGAGAAAAAUUUGAGACGAUCGUAGAGGACGUGGAAUUGAAGACGCUGUCGGAACAGCAAAUGAGUGAAUCUUGCGACCCAAACCAAAAAGUGAUACAACAACCGCCUACAAGGCCGGCCAGCACGCCGACGGAGACUCAACAAUCCGUGCUAACGAGUGUGCAACAAGAGAUCGCAGCUCGUAGGAAAGCGAACAUUUCGCGUCAGGACUCAAGGCUUUCUGUAAAGUGUCUGAUCGAGAGCAUCGAAAAUGCCACGAAACAAGCUAAAGCUGGACCUGGAAGUCGUAGCAGUUCUACGUCGUCUCUAAAUUCUAUUGGAACUACAGAUAUCAUAUCUUUGAAAGCUCCUCUCAGGGACCAACAACAAAUCAACAAUUUAAUCUGCACAGCGAAUUCGACAAAUAACAAUAAAACGCAAUCUACAAUUACAAAGAAACCAGUGUCAGAGACAAAGUCAACGCCUGUGGUUUUGAGUCCGGGUGAGCUGUUGGAUUCAGCCGCUUUGAAUGCCAAGGCGAUCGACUUCGUACGUCGAAAUAGCGUCACCGAUCUGUCGGAGCGUAAAGAUCCCCUGUGUGGCUUAGUCAAGAAUGGUGGAUCCAAGCGCAACGCCUUGCUCAAGUGGUGUCAAAAUAAAACAAUAGGCUAUCGUAAUAUUGAUAUAACUAACUUCAGUAGUUCCUGGAAUGAUGGCCUAGCGUUGUGCGCGAUUCUGCAUUCCUAUCUGCCACGAAAGGUACCAUACGACACGUUGACGCCGGUCGAAAAGCGACGGAACUUCUCGAUCGCCUUCUCUGCUGCCGAGAGUGUUGGCAUACCAACUACUUUGAACAUCGGUGAAAUGUGUCAACUCGAGCGACCCGAUUGGCAGCAAGUCAUGACAUAUGUGACUAGCAUUUACAAGCACUUUGAAACGUAACUGAUCGCUGUUUCAUUGUAUUGCCUCUAUCAAUCGGCAUGUGCUACUGUUGAAUGUGCUCGGCGUUGUGAGGCGAGCGAGAAAGAACAAUAGCAUCUAGUCAAGCAAAUUUUAUGAUGAAGAAGGAAGCUAUGCUGCAAGAAAGAUUCUAAAGAUUUGUCAAGGAUCGCUGAAUCAGUACUGCCUACCUAAUUGUAUUCCCCUCUAUGCGUUGUAUAUAGUUUCGAAUCGAAGAAUGUACGAGCCGCUGGAGUAUAUGCAAAGAGUUCGAUGGAAGACCAAACACCAAAUGGAAUUGCCGUUACUAUGAGACUGAAAACUUUUAUAUAUAUAUAUAUAUAUAUGUGCAUAUAUAUGUACACGUACACAUGUAUACAUGGCGUAUGCGCUUUGUAGAGCACAAGCGAAUUUGGGAAGAAUCCUUCGUAUGUCGAAUGAGAAAGCGGAGCCAAGUAAUUGUAAGCUUUGCGAGUAAACCUUCUGCAGACGAAAAUAGUCGUGAAUAACCGCACGUGGUGUUCCUCAAAGGUAAAGCUCGGCGUUAUGCGUUCACGAAGAGUACACACGCAUUGCCUCUACAUCGUAGUCUUUUGCACCGUUCUUGCAAAAAAUAAAUCGGAAAUCGAGUAUUUGCGUUCCUCUCGUACCGAAUAUUUUUGUACGUGUAUUAUUUUUCGAGAGACUUUUUGUAGAGUUUACAAAAUACGAAUGUACAGAACAAAGCGCCUUAAUUUAAGAGAUCUAAUUUAUUGCAAUUAGUCGCAUUUAGUGCUCUUACCAAGCGGAGAGGUCCGUCCCCUCUCCUACCCCAUACCCCCAAGUGAAUCGUUUUACGUUUCUACUCUUGUUAAGGAAAAAAAGAGCUCUAGAAGGAACAAUUGUGUCGUGCGAAGAUUAAGUUCUCUGUGAUAUAGCAAGAUAGCUCCGAGACAGAGAUACAGACGUUAUCGUUAUUGCUAUUACUAUUAUUAUACUAUUAUCGCUAUUAAUAUUGUCCUCACCGUCGUUGUUGUACCAUUGUAGACAAUACAGAUAUUGCUGUCUGAUGUAAAACAAUAAACUUGCCUAAUGGAUAUUUAAGAUCCAGGUAUCCUGAAUAAUCGUAUCGCAUAUCAUUUUCUUUAAUGAAGAA